UUCAUUCAAAGAAAAUGAUUCGAAAUAAAAAUUCAAAAUCUUUUCUUUUCCCAGGCAUAAUAUUCGAGGAACAUUAGCAGUCGUUGUUUCUCCUGUUAAAUCGACGAUGGAGAUUAUCAGAGUUGAGGAGUACAGAAUCCACGACAAGCACAAUUCGUAUCCCCUCGCACCGACCUUCGUCAAAAACAACUUGGCUAUUUUGAAAUUAGCUUGCGACAUAGGAAAAGAAAAUUUUCACAAAAUCGUGCUGCCGCGGAAACCAUUUUUCAAAGAAUGCAGGAAUGAAAAGUGUUUCGUGAUGGUUUUUCGCCGAAUGAGAAAGACUAAUUGGGUCAUGUUUCAAAUGUACGCGCCGAACACAACCGAAUCGAAUCGAAGUAAAAAGGAGACGACGAUGAACGACGUCGAUACAAAAGAGACGAGGAAGUACAGAAUUAACGAAAUCAUAAAGAAUCACAGAAAUGACGAAAGAUUCAAAAGAAAACUGGCUGAACCUCCAAACUUUGCAAGCUUCUAUGAAUCGCAAGAACCAACGAAAAUUAAAGCUCCUUCAACAAAUUUGACGCUAGUAUCAACCAGUCCAAAUUCACUCGUUCACCAAGCAACAGCAGCAACACCGACUGUGCUUCCCGUAACCGAUAAUUCGAGUUUGCCAAAAGCGAUUGGUCUCGAUGACGAUGAAAUUGCAAGCUUUUCAGAUUUUAUCGAUUCCGGAGCUUCACGACGAACUAUCCUGCCAAGAUCUCUUGGUAAGCGUUUUGGCUGCGCGCACACGGGAGCCCCCGUUAUGCUCGAUGGUACACAGUGCGCGAUAACGGUUGUGCCCUGCGACAAUCGUCAAACCGGAAGCGAAUGGGCUUACGCGGAUCUCUACGAGAACCUCGACUGGAUAAAUCAAGUUCAAGAAGACUGGAGUACGGAGGACAAUUCCAUAAUUCCGGCAGCACCUCCGAGAGCGUCGGGAGAUCCUUUCGCGAAUCACAGUUCCAAGACAUGCAGCACAUGCAUAUUCAAUUUUUUCAUCGACCUCGGUUGCAAGGACAAGAAACGCUGUGGCAACAAGUCUACGAGUAUUGGAACGAGCGAACCUCACGAUUAUCAACGAGCAGGAGGUUCGAUAGUGUUCGAAAAAUCGACGAGUUGUAACGGCAGCUCGAAGAACACGGGGAUCGACGUUGGAAUAAGUCGAGGUUGUCGCAGGAAAAAUCAAGAGUCUCGGCAGAGGGCGGAGUCGCGUAAAAAUUGGCCAAACUCGCCUCGCUCGGGCGAACCAACGAAUCCGCGGGAUCCUGCCUACCGGAAUGUCGCCAAGGCGAGAAGGCCGGUUCCAAUUACCGUUGCAUCUCCGAACGCGGGACGAAUCCUCAAGGGUCAAUCACCCGUACUAGCCGGAAAGGAUAAAUCAAUGCGGGAGGAUUAUUCUAGGAUGAUCGAAAUUCCAAAAAGCAUGCUCGAAUUACCUCCCCCUCCGUCUUCCGCAUACACCAGUUUCAGGGACGAUGACAAAAAACACGAGAGAGCUAACAAUGAAAUUGGGCUCCAAAAUAUCGAAGGUCAUUCGAAUUAUUGGAUUGGGGAACAUGAAAAUUCAUUCGGAAUCACGUCCGAAGCUAAACGCCGGUUGAUCCAAUCGGCACGGGCGUCUCCGUGAACGUCAUUUCGCUACGGACGAGCGGUUGUCCGUCGAGCGAAUUUCCUCCUAAUUUCAAAAAGUCAAUUUCCACCGAAUUCUCAACAUGUCGGUCAAAAAGGCGAAAUUAUAUCUCUGUUAAUACUGGAUAAAAGUGAUAUUUAAUAAAAAACAUGAAUUUGGAAAAAUGCUCAAAAUUUUAAUCGGCCUAUCGAGAC